AAAUAAUGUUCUUGUCUGCUGCUCUGGUUGUUUCCCAGGCUUCAGUUGUCAGGAUCACUCGGUUCUCCUCCCAAAGUCCAUCACAGCACUGAAGGGAUCCUGUGUGGAGAUCCCCUGCUCAUUCAAUGUAGUGUCUACAGACUUCCAACUGGUUUGGUACAGGGAUCAAUAUGGAAUUGACCCCCAAAUAUUCAAUAACAAAAAUCCAUCCUAUGUUAUGAAUACAUUUAAUGGCAGAACUUUCCUGGUGGGGAAUAAGUCCAAGAGCUGCUCCUUGAGGAUUGAUGACGUGAGAGACACUGAAACAUAUUAUCCAUGUAUAAAUGAGAAUAUAAACUGUGAUCAAUACAGCGCAUUUGAAAAAGUCCUGGUUCAGGUGUCAGAUACCCCACAUAAGCCUGUACUAAACUUGCCCACCAGUCUGAAUGAAGGAAUUUCUGCCCUUAUUAACUGCUCUGUACAACACACCUGCACCCACAAUCCCCCUGUGCUCGAAUGGAACAAAGUAGGCUUCAAUAAAAGAGAGUGGAGAGAAGAACUUGAAGAAGGAAUCUGGAAAUUUGUAAGUGAAAUGGAUUAUAUCCCAACCUAUCAGGAUCAUGGCACCCCCAUUGAAUGCAAAUCUAUUUAUCAAAUGGGACAAGUAUUGCAAGAACAGCUAAUCUUAAAAAUACAAUAUCCUCCAAAACAUGUUAUAAUUACCAAACCUGAUGGAGAAAAGAAAAUAAAAGAAGGUGAACAAGUGACUUUACAAUGUACCAGCAAUGCCAACCCUCCUGCUAAGAACUAUACCUGGUACCGCAUUAACAAAGAUGGAGAAGAGGAACUAAAAGAACAUGGGGAGAAUUUAACUCUGACUAUAAACUGGGAGAUUGUGAAGUAUUCCUGCUCUGCAAGGAAUGAGCUUGGAAAAAAUUAUUCUACCAUAAUGGAUCUGAGCUUGUUCUAUCCUCCAAAACAUGUUAUAAUUACCAAACCUGAUGGAGAAAAGAAAAUAAAAGCAGGAGAACAAAUUACUUUAAAAUGUACCAGCAAUGCCAACCCUCCUGCUAAGAACUAUACCUGGUACCGCAUUAACAAAGAUGGAGAAGAGGAACUAAAAGAACAUGGGGAGAAUUUAACUCUGACUGUAAACUGGGAGAAUGUGAAGUAUUCCUGCUCUGCAAGGAAUGAGCUUGGAAAAAAUUAUUCUGCCAUAAUGGAUCUGAGCUUGUUCUUAUAUGCCCCUGAUAAUGGUCUCUCAAAGCUCAUCAUGCUGGUAGCUGUGAUCAUUGUCGUUCCAGUUCUGCUGCUGAUUUUGUACUGUAAAAUAAGAGGAAGAAAACUGCAAUGUUGCCAGGGAAGGAAUCAUUUGGAAGUACAGAUAUGUGAAGACACGUACAUGAAUACGUACAUGAAUGUGAUGCAGAGCGAUUCAUCUGCAAAACAUCCACAACAAAAGGGUGCUGAGACUACCGACAAUCUCUACAUGGCACUUCAGAAGACAGACCCUAACACAUAUGUAGAAUUCAAGGUCAGGGAUUUUUGAGUAUCACUCAUGUAUUAUAAGGGGUAAUGUACCCCCUACUGUAAAUGAUAAGGAUAUUAGAAGUCAC